AUGGACAAAAUAUUAAGGUGCAAACAGCAACCAAUUAACAGUGACAUCAAUAUUGCCGGUGCCUAUGUAUGGGACAAAUUAAAUCAACUUGGUGAUGAUUUUGUUUGCUUGAUUGAUGCGGCCACCGAUCAACGUUUAACCGUCGGUGAGCUCAAAAUACUAGCCAACAGUAUAGCCUGGUCACUGGUCAACAUCAGGGGUGUCACCAAAGCGGAUAGGAUUGCUUUCUGCGGUCCCAAUACUAUGGCAAACGCCGUACUCCGGUUUGUCGUCCAAUUUAUUGGCGUAACAUUUGUCCCAUUAGUUCACGUACUGGAAACCUACGAAAUUACCGAACAGUCCCUGGAGGCCGGUAUUACUGUCAUUAUGACUACCAGUGAUCAUCUGUACAAAUUUGACAACAUUAUCAAUAGUGAUAGUAAUAAUCGGAUAAAACUGGUUGUACUGUUUGAUAAUCAUCAGUAUAGUGGUAGUAGUAGUAGUGGUAGUGGUGGUAGUAGUAAUAUUAGUAGUAGUGGUAGUAGUAGCAGCAGUAGUAGUAGCGACAGCAACAACUAUGUCACAUACGACCAACUGCUAGAUGAGGGACGUGGCCAGCAAUUGGCACGUAUUCCCCACUACGACGUCGAUCCCGACACCGAUCGACUGCUGUACAUCUAUACGUCCGGCAGUACUGGUCGUCCAAAGUGUGCGCUAAUACCGCACAGUAUGUUUGUACGGACUGCACAAGAGCCGGGCCGAUACCCGACGUUUGCCGAUACUGUUACCGUAAUGGCCUUUCCGUUUCCGUUGGGCCAUAUGGCCGGCAGUAUGUUUUUGCUCAUUCAGAUUACAAAAGGCUUCCGAUUGAUAUUGUUUGACAAAUUGGAUGAAAAAAUGCUGUUCGCCGCCACCGAAAAAUACCAGAUCAACGUUUGGCCAGUGUUGGGCAGUUUCGGCCAUCGACUGGUCAACAGCGAUGCUGUUGGCAACUAUGAUCUGUCGAGCAUACGGUGGGCCUGUGUUGGCGGCGCUCCACUGGCCAGUCAUAUUGGCCAUCAACUGAUCAGAAUAUUUGGUCUCAAAAUUAAGGAAAGCUAUGCAUCGACAGAGCAAUCGUAUAUAACUCAAGGCUGUAAUGAUGACGACGACUAUGAACCGGGCAAUUUGGGAACAGUAGUCCCCGGGUGUGAGCUCAAGGUUGUCGAUAUGGAAACGGGUGAACUGUUAGGCGCCAACUGUAACGGCGAAAUAUUUGUUAAAUCAAUCAAACUGUUUGCCGGUUUUCUUAACAAUUACCAACAGUACAGACAAUCGUUUGACGCGGACGGUUGGUAUACUACUGGCGAUAUGGGUUACUAUGACGACCGGGAACGGGUGUUCCUCACCGGACGGGUCAAGUUUGUUAUUAAAGUUGGUGUCAAUCGGGAUUUUCUUAAAAUUGAUCCCAUAAUUGUCGAAGAGUUUCUACUGUCUCAUCCAUCUAUUGCCGAAGUGGCUGUUGUCGGUGUCGGCGUCAAAGAUACGGCCGGUUUUCACUAUCUGCGAGCUUAUGUAGUUCGCAAACCUGGCCAGAAAAAUAUUACCGCCGAUGAUAUUCAACAAUUUGUUUCGAACACAAUGGCCUCGAGUAAGCAUUUAAGAGCCGGUGUUGUGUUUGUCGAUGAAAUUCAUCGGACAGUUGUCGGUAAAGUCGACCGACAAUACUAUAGAAAACUUGUCAGCCAUGAGAUUGUCGAAUGA